UGCGGUGCGUCAACGGAAUUCAGUAUAUGCGCCGCGUCGACAGGAACUAGCAGCCGCGUUGCCAAUCUCCGGGAAACCGUAAAAGAUCCAGCUGCUGUUAGAUCAAUCACCGGUACCGGCGUCGACAUGUCCGCGCACCAGCAGGCGGCUAUUCGCCGUUUGGAGGCUUUGUUCCGAGACGUGAAGCUGGAACAGCAGCAGAACAAUCCGGAGAUAGUGAAACUAGAGAUAGACUCGAGUUGCUGUGACAUUCAUGGCAAACACGCCAAAGAGAAUUGCUGGAACCGAAGAGGUUCCGUUGGUAAUGCGUAUCAGACCAGGCGAGACUCGUUCGGUCGUCGCGACGGUUACCCAGGGACAUCUCCGAGCAGAAGAGGUUCCCUUGGCCUGCCGAUGUCGCCACCGAAAAAAGAACUUCAUCCUUCGUGCUUCCCUAACACGUUGAGAAAAAAUCCUCUGGUUUCGUCCAUGAGUUCUAUCAAUCAUACCAAGAAAGAUAUCCACGCGUCCACGUUAAGUAACUCAUCGCUACGACGAGAUCCUGUUGGCCGGUCAAUGGGAUGCCUGAAGAAGGACACAAUGUCGAAUUAUAAUUCUCCGUUGCGACGAGAUUACGUAGCAAAAUCGAUGACAAGCCUUCAGAGGCCGCCUUCGCGACGAGACACUAGCAACUUGUCUAGCCUUUUCGCGUCGUCUCCAUUGUCACAAAGUCCACUGAAGUCUAGCUUGAGUUCGUCAAACAGUGACCUUAAAGCAAGAAGCACGUCGAACUUGAAGAGCUGCCUGGCAGGAUCCAGCGGGAAUUUGAGGAGCAAUUUGAACGUGACGCUCAGCACUGACCAUUCCAUGGGCUCCAACGGGAAUUUAAAGAAGGAUGGCAAAUUCGCCACACCGGUUUCUGGGCGUAGGGGCUCCUACGAUAGGAGGCGGCUCUCUACUGACUCUUUGGAUAAUACAAAGAGAAACUCGUGGGAUCCGGGUCGCAGGGGCUCUUCUGGAUCAUCCGGAGGAUGGGACGAUCCUAUUUGGGAAGAAGGAACGUUUGACGCCGGCAUCAGUCAGGGAGAUGAAGUUGCGAUCCCGCGAGGAGGAGAAGUGGGUCGUUUCUCAACGAGAGGCGAAGGCGAAGUCACUCGACGAGAACGCGUCGGCCACGCACUCGUUCGCUGCACUCAGCUGAGCACAGUCGUCUCCGAUCCACGAUCCGCGAUCCAUCCUCGUUAAUCGUUCGCGGUAGACGCCGGGAAUCAUAUUUCUGUUUCUAGGCGAGCGCCGGUUCCAUUCAACGAAAAUCGGGUGAAAGGUGAAAGAUCUAACGGUACCGUUUGACACUCGCCGCGUGGUCGUUCCAGUCACAUUAUUAUUCAUGAUUCAUAAACAGCUAUCAGAGAAGGAACAUGUAGACGAGAGUCGUUCCGGAAAUGAUAAACUGAAUCAAUUAUAGAAGGUGAAGUGAAAAGUGUCAAAGCCUCUGCUGUCCUUAAACUUUAACGCGUGGAAAGUGGUGAAAAUCUAUGUUGUUUCUUCUAUGAACAUCGUUCCUUCGGAUUUCAUUAAACAGGGUCAUCGGUUAUAGAUUUUCCAAUUUUCCACCGGUUUCUUCUAUAGUUACACACGUACUCUAUUCGAUUGAAAGAAUACCCGUGCGUCCUACUUCAGUAAUAAUACAUAUUCAAUAAACACUCGCUCGGUCGGAUCGGGAACAGUGGGUUCAACGGUACAUAACUCGUCCACCAUGAAAAUCGCUCUUCGAGUGUUAAAGCCAGUAAAUCCGCGAUGAAGGUCCACGCGAGCGUCGUUCAUUGACGCCACUUUCAACCUCGAUCCGCAGCUGUCGCUCCGCAACCCGGUCACCGGUGCGGCUCAAGAUUAUGGGUGAUAUACGAGUGUUGGAUCCGCGAAUGGAUCCUCGUUUAGACAUGAAGCAGCCACGACCUUGGCCACCGAUGUACCGCAGCCACCCGGCGAGGGGACCCUCGUUCUGUUAUCGGCCAAUGCCACUUGAGGCCAUGGCCCAGUGGAUGGCGCCUCACAUGCCGGACUAUAACUACGUCCCGGCGCGAAUGAGCGCCAACUCGAAUAAAGGGCGCGAUUACUAUUACUUGGCGCCGUUGUACAGAAACGCUAUGCCACCACCGCAGGCUAUGUCGCCGCUUCAGGUGCCCCCCGUGGCUGUCUCACCGAGGAUGAUGAUAAUGGAACCGAGAAGUAGGACAAAAAGCUCCGGUGGACAUUGUAGGAGCAGCGCGCCUCCGUGUACUUGUUCCAUGGGCAGGACCAGAUCCUUGGAGGACGUCAGGAGCGAGAUAAGCGAAUGGGAGGAUUUUCACGACGAGAAUGGAAAUCAUUUGCAGGGGAAGAGCUCGAAGAACGGUGUAUCUAGACAGACGAGGAGGUCCAUGGAGAAUCUUUUGGAUGUUGAGACUGCUGAACAGCAUGAACUAAAUACCUUCGAAAGGGUUGGAAGGAAUUGCAGAAAAGUGGAGGAUAGGAGGAAUGAGAAACCUGGAAGAAGACGUGGCAGCUACAU